GGUCAUGAUGUUUCCUUCAGUCAACAACCGACGGACUUGCUCAGACAGUUACUGAAUGCUGAUACAUGCACAACUGCAGGCGUUGGAUAUCGCCCAAGUUGGUGGGAACUGCCUCCACUUUAUCUUCGCUGCAUCUAAGCACUGUGACUCAUUCUGCUAGAUCUCACUUGUGUUUGUUGGCAUACACAGAAAGGCUUACCUAUGACUGUGUGGUCAGUCGACCUACAUCCGCGCCAUUAACAAAGUCUCGGAUUACAGCGGUGAAGGUCGUUGCCGUCAGACAUCCAAAAUGGCGGACAAGGAUAAUCUUAUCACUCAGCUGAAGACCCGGAUGCAGAGUGUAGAACCUCUAACUGAUGAACCAGAAUUCCAUACUGAUUCAGAGACAAUCGCGCGCUACUUGAAGUCACGUGACUGGAGCCUGGAUGAUGCUGAGAGCCUGCUGAAGGAGACAGUGGAGUACCGAAGACAGAACCGCCCUCUGCACCUCAACUGUCGCUGGUGCCAUGACAGGCCUGGCUUCCAUUCCAUGCGCCAGAUCGGUCAUGAUGAGAUGGGCCGUCCUGUUAUCUACUCAAGCUUUUCCCAGGCUUCAACUCACCGGAACACAGUGGAGGACUCCGUCAGUCACGUGACCUACCUCAUAGAGAACGCUAAGUUGACGAUGCAGCCUGGGAUAUCCACCUGGGUGUUUAUCAUUGAUUGUACAGGGAUGACAAUGCAGUCAUGCAACCCUAGGUUAGGAUACGGCGUGACCCAUAUAAUGGCCAACCACUACCCGGAGCGUCUCGGUCUGGUCAUAUGCCUCAACCACAGCCCAAUCUUCCACGGUGUAUGGAAGGCUAUCAAGGUCUUCCUCCACGAAAACACAGUCUCCAAGAUGAAGCUAGUGAGGUCCAAGAGGAAGAUCCAACAAACGUUCCAGAAAUAUUUCUCCGAAGAACUAACAGCGUGGUUGCAUGAGGAGAUGAGGCUCAACAAGGUCAAACCUCUCCCUGAAGGUCAAGCGCAGUUUUGGCACCCUCCAGCUGAAAAAGGAGGUCACGACCCCCGUGGGUCACCUUCCUACGUAUCAAAGUUCAUAGAUUCAUAUACCAGCAAUAUCAGAGACACCGCUGAGCGCAUACACAAGCCACAUCCAAACGUGUUAGACAAUCUGUGUGGGACGGUGCUAAAAGUGACGAUAUCACCACAAGAAGCUAAAGAACGCGAGGAGGCGCAAGCUGUUGCCGAGGCGUCCAACUUCGACGGUAGUGAUGACGACACCGAAGUACCUUCUGUGCAUAUCGCUGACGAGUUUAAGAUACCACAAACAGCUUUGCCUUUAAGCACAUACUGACAACGUCGAGGGCUCGUAAGACGUCUGCAACGAUGGUCCCUGGUGUUUAUAAUCAUUUACAUUUAUCAAAGACUUUGUCAGAACAGGAUGAAAUAUGGGAGAGCGCAAGACGACGGGGGAGCGUGAGUGCCGUCAGCAGAUAGAUUGCUGUGUGUGCAAGGCGACGAUAAUGGUGAACACAAGGACAACACUCAGAUCGAUAACUGAGGCUGGGGGGACACAGGGACAACACUCAGAUCGAUAACUGAGGCUGGGGGGAACCAAUUAGCAUCCCUUCUGAGCGGGUACAAAACUGUAAUAGAAAAUCAGAUUACUAGACGAUUGUGUGUGAACGGUAACCUAAUCUAAUUUAAUGUUCAACUUUGUCUGUGAUCACUAAUUUCGGUGGUGGGAAGUGCAAUGUCUUCCAGUGUGUAAAUCUUAGAGUGAGAGUUACUUCCCCUGACGCAUUCCGUUCAGAGUUAAAGGAGUUGCAAGUUUUGUUUAUUAUUUACGUUAUUAUCGAAGAGGUUUGUUUUCGUCGUUCCUUUAUCACAUUUUUAGUUUGGAAAUAACUCUCACCCGAUGAUUCUAUACAAUGUUACUUAUAAAUGGAAUGCAUUUUUA